AAUAUCAAUGUGAACGGGAUACUGUAUUGAGUUAGUGGAUGUAAGAUGAGGGUUAGAAAUAUAGUUAGGAGUUCGUCGUAGUUCGGAUCUUAUUACUGAAGUCUAAUUAUUAUUUUGAUCAAUUAAGAGAAGCUAAAUCAACAAAAAAUGGAAUUAUUAUCGCAGAAUCCACAAAUAUCAACUGAUUCUGAAAUAAAAGGAUUCGACAUUUCUGCUGGCAAAACAUGGAUUUAUCCCGAAAACUAUCCUAUCAGAGAUUAUCAGUUCAAUAUUGUCAAGUCUUGCUUAUAUACAAACACUUUAGUUUGUUUACCCACUGGACUAGGAAAAACAUUUAUUGCUGCAGUUAUAAUGUAUAACUUUUGGAGAUGGUAUCCUCGUGGAAAAGUAGUAUUUCUAGCACCAACAAAGCCAUUGGUUGCUCAACAAAUUGAUGCUUGUCACAAUGUAAUGGGUAUACCUACUAUAGAGACUGUUCAACUUACAGGAGCAGUCAAUCAGAAGCAACGUGAAGCAGUUUGGUUGAAAAAACGAGUGAUAUUUGCAACGCCUCAAGUUUUUCAGAAUGAUUUAGAAAAACAUGUUGUACCUAGUGAUUUAGUGAAAUGUGUAGUUAUAGAUGAAGCUCAUAAAGCUUUGGGGAAACAUUCUUAUUGUGAGUGUAUUCGAUUAUUGGCUGAGAAGAAUCAAUAUUUCAGAGUGUUAGCAUUAUCUGCUACACCAGGAAAUAAGAUCGGCAAUGUUCACGAGGUGAUACAAAAUUUACUAAUAGCUCACAUGGAAUUGAGAGAUGAAACAUCUAUUGAUAUUGUACCAUAUAUUAACAAGAGAGAAGUUGACGUUAUUUUAGUACCUCUUAACAAAGAACUGUUACAAUAUAAAGAAAGAUAUAUCUUAAUUAUGGAUAGGCAUGUAAAAGUUUUACUACAAAAUAAUGUUCUUCGCGGAAAUACGGCAAAUAUCUCAAAAGGAAGGAUAUUUUACAUAUCAAGAGAAUAUCAGAAUAAAACAAACAAAACGGGGAAUUAUGGAAUGAUUAUGAAAACAAUAACCGUGUUACUCUCAAUGUAUCAUGCCUACGAGCUUCUGAUCAGAGACGGACUAAGAGCAUUUUAUAAAUUCUAUCAAGAUCACAAUGAUAAAUUUUGGAUGAACGACGAACUACAAUUGCAAGAAUUGCUGGAUGAUAUUAAAAAUUAUUUAGGUCCAUUUCCGGACGCGAAAGCUUUAAGCGAAGAAACCAUAAAAGAUAUACCAGAAGAUCUUGUAUUCGGGCAUACAAAGUUUGCAAAGUUGAAAGAACUCCUUUUGAACCAUUUUAAAAAUAAUGAUAAGAAUGAUACAAGAGCUAUAGUUUUCGUCGAGUAUCGACAGAUUGUGAGCGAAGUAUAUGUUUUACUACGGCAAUGCCAACCCAUAAUAAGACCGCAAAUGUUUGUCGGCCAAGCUGGACAAAAGCAAAAACAGCAAGUAGAGGCCUUGAACAAAUUUCGAAGCAAUCAUGUAAAUGUUCUUGUAUCCACGAGUAUAGGAGAAGAAGGGUUGGAUGUUGGAGAAGUAGAUUUAAUAAUUUGUUUCGACGUGUCCCAACAUUCUCCGAUCCGAUUGGUGCAAAGAAUGGGAAGAACGGGUCGAAAACGCGAUGGGCACAUAAUCAUUCUUGUCACGGAUGGUAAAGAAUACGAGACGUUAAAAUCCACAAUGGCUAGAAGAGAUUCCCUGAAUGACAAAAUAUUAAAUACCAGUAACAUUUGUUCUUCGCUUUAUCAAAACAAUCCUCGUAUGAUCCCCGAUCAUUUAACACCCGAAUGCAUAAAAAUGCAUAUUAAUGUUCAUCCGAAAACGCCAACUGUACAAUCCAGAAGCGGGAAAGGAAAAUUAGAUAAGAAAGAUAAUAAACGUUACAAUAAUCUAAAAAGGAAAGUUAACACAGAAUCUAAUUUGGAAUCGGGAAAAGAUGGAGGUCAAUUUUCAAUGAUAAAAUAUUUGAGGAACGAUCAAACGAAAAUGAAAGAUUGUGAAAUACGUACUCCUAAUAAUUUCCAAAAUAAUAUCCGUAAUGUCGUAAAAUCAUCGGACGUAAAAAUUCUUACUUCAGAUAAGGAUUCCCUUGAGUUUCUUACGACGUGUGCUUUGAUAAAUUCGGAAAGAGAAGGAAAUAAGGAGAAUGAGAAUAUUAACGAAUCUUACAUACCCCAGUUUCCUUACAUUAGAAAUUUCUUUAAUUUUUCAAUACCAGGUACUGAAAUCCUUGAAUGUGUAAGCACAUUGAGUGAUACUGCUCUUUUUGAAAGCGAUAAAAAAGAAUUGGAUAAUGAUAGUGAAAACGAAAACGAGAAAGAUUUAUAUGUAGAUGAUUACUUGUUUGAUGACGUAGGGGGUGACUUUUCUAAUGAAUGUGUAUUCGAAAAAACAACGAACGUAGACGUCAACAGGUGUGUCACUUCAAAAUCGAGGUUCGAAGAUAUCUUCGAUGAAAGCGAUGAAAGCGAUACAUCGGACAACGUAGAGAAGAAGCAUGACGCUUGUGCUUCAUCAGUUGCUUCCGGUCGAUGUGAAAGCAGCAAAUCAGAAAAAGAAUUUAAUAAAUUAGGGAAUUGUGAAUUUAGUAAAUUUGAGGAUAUAUUAGACGACUCAUCUGAUGACACAGAAAUUAGUUGUGAUUCGAAACUUGGAUUCAGUAUGGCUGAAAAUGUCGAACAAACGCAUAUUAAUAACAUUAAUGUUUUUCAAGAAACAAAAAUAAAAGAUUUUUCUGACACUAUAAAACUAUGUGAUAGCAAAUUAAAAACAAGCGAAGAAGCGAACAAGAAUAAUUGUACAUCAGUAUCUGUUUGUUCUAAGAACUUAGACACUUCUAAUGUGUCACAAACAAAUCAUGGAAGAUCGCAAUUAAGUUUAGAGUCAAUGACUCAAGAAGCAAAUAAUGAGUCUGACCACGAUAUGUUUGAAGACGAUAGUGUUCUGUUGCAAGUUUGCAGUCAGAUAGAUCAGUUAAGUUCCAUUGAUCAAAUGGAUACACUAAAUAAAGAUAAGGUUGAGGAAAACAUGGAUGAUAAUGAAAACGAGGUCGACAUGGAAUUGAGAUUGGAAGAAUUUGAAUGGGACGACUGCUUUGAAAUUCCGGCCAACCCUGUCAAAGAUGAUAUAAAAUAUACAUCUGAAGGAACAGAAACUAGUAACAAAUCAGUCGACAAAGGUAGAGAUAACAUCGUACGGAAUUCUUCGGAUAAGUCUUGGACUUCUAUCAAAGAACCAAUAAGACAAACAAAUAACACAUCAAUCAGCAAAGCUGGGAAUAAUGUCGAACAGAAUUCUUCGGAUGAUGGUUGGAUUUGUGUCAGAAAACCGAUAACACAAAAAAGGAAUAUAUCAGUUAACAUAGCUGAAAGUAAAGUCGAAAGAUAUUCUUUGAGUGAGAGUUUUAUUUCUAAUAGCACAUCGAUGGCACAAAAAAGUAACAUAUCAGUCAGCACAGCUGAAACUAGUAUCGAAAAGAAUUCUUCGGAUGACGGCUGGAUUUCCGUAAAAAAACCAACGAACGUAUCAGGGAAUGUUCUUCAAGAAAGUAUUUCGGAAAAAUUAGCCAAUAUAGGAAAGAGAAAAAAUUCGGUAUGCAAUUUUCCGAUAAAUAAUUCACUGGACGAUGGUUGGUUUUCCAAUGUGAAAGAAAAUAGAAGUCCAUACUUCAAUAAGUCACACUUUGACCUGACCGAGAUAUAUAGUGACACAUCCUUUGAAAAUGAAUACAAAAGUCGGAAAAGCGAAGCGAAAGAUAUUCAAAAGAAUAAAAGAUUACGGAAACGUCGAAAAUUGAACAAAGCGAGGAAAGAAUUUCUAAAUGACGAAGCAGAAGUUUCUUUGAACGACUUUACGACAGAUGGGAGUUCCGGCACCGACGAAGAUCUUGAAGGUUUCGUUAGUUAUACGCAGAAUGUGCACGAUACGACCGACAUGCAUGUUCAUUAUUUAAAAAGCGUUAGAAGCCCAGUUAAAAAACCAAAUGGUUUUAUUUUUAAGAAACCUCGUGAACUCGAUUCCAAAGUGGAGAUAUAUUCGCAACCCUUAAGUCAACUCGACGAUACUUACGUAAAUGAUUCGUUUUGUGUAGCGGGAGACGAAAUUGAAGAUGUAGAAAUGAUUCAAGAAGAAUGUUUAUUAGAAAAAGCCGAACGACUUCUUAAAAGUCGAAAACGCAAACGUCGUGAAAAGGAAUCGAACAAUUGUACAGAAGGGAAUAAUCGAAGAAACAUAAUUCAUUUAGACAGCAGUAGCGAAGAUGAGAUCGAAAUAAUGCGCAAUCAAAUAAGAGAUGGGACGCAGUUAGCGCGAACUUGACAAUUUCACACAUUAUAAAACGAUUAGCGUUCAAUCGCUUAUCUUCCUACUUCUUCAAUGUCAUAGAAUCUUUUGUUUACUCAUAAAAGAAAAAAGAAUAGUUAUCUUCUUUUCUUGGAAAAUUCUGUUCAAUGUAAAGUGAUUUUCCGAAACCCCGUGUCGAAUUGAAGAUAGAGGUGGUUCAAAAUGUGAACAAUGAGCAUAAUACUUUUCACAAGCCCAGGUAUGCAAGGAAGAGCUAUUACAAAGGUGAAACUACCUUACCCCGCCCUUACGAGGGUUGAAGAUGUACCUGCUGUUAUUUUUCCCAAAUGGUGAACUGUCUGUGAUCUUUUGUGCUCUCAACGCAUAUAAACCCAGGUCUGUGAAUAUUUCGUUUAGUCGUCAGACUUGGAAGGCACUGGAACGGUGCACGAAUACUUGCGUGAAAUUAAAAAAAGUACUGAUAUUUCUAAGAUUAAAAAAGAAAAUACCGACAAAUAAUGCAUCGCGUUUUAAUUAUCUGGUUAAUAGUCGGCUUGUGCGGAGCUAUGGUUGUGCCGGUUAAAGAACAGAAGGACAAUAACGAACAGAUCCAUCGUGAACAACAAUCGAACGAGAGAAGCGUCGUAACGUCUCCGAUCAAUAGUCAGGAACAAUCGCAUCACGCGAUAGUGGCUAAAGGGAAUCAAGCAAUCGCUAGUAGAUACUUUUAUCCGUUUUAUCCUGAAUACAGCAAUGGAUACGUGAUGCAGACUGGAUAUGAGAAUUAUCUCGUGCCUAAGGCUCUUCAAACGCAAACGGCGAACGCUUUUUCCGCUGUCGAUGUUAUGACGAACUUGCUUCCAUUCUCCGGUGAAAUUCUGAUGUAUGGAGCACGAGCCAGUGUUUACCUUGUGCAUUUCCUCUUCCCGGUUGUUGUAGGCGGGCUUUUUAUGACCGUGCUCUGUAUGUAUACUACGAUUUGUACCAACUACCUCGGUUUUAGCCUCACGAACGAUCAGAUAAAAGAACAGAUAGCGGAAAUAGCUCGAAGUUACAUGACUACCGAGGCUGUGAAUGCAGCUAGUUUAUUAGUUUCGCAAGCUCUCGAAAAAUAUUCACUGAUGCAGAAUGAAGAAUACGAAAAUAUUAAGUUAAAGGAAACCGACAAGCCUGUCUAAGAAUACAAUUACCUCAGGGUUUAUUACAUACGAAGCAUAAUUGUAAAUAAAUGCUAUUUUCAUUAAAUAUAACUAACAAAUGCAACUGAAA